AUGGCGUUGCCCCCCCUGGGGGGGCUCCGGGGGCCCCGCCGGGGCAGCCUGCCCCUGCCCCCCAAGCACCAGCUGCGGCGGGAGGCAGCGGUGGAGGAGCCGGACUCGCCCCCCGAGUCGCCGGGGGGGUCGCCGGGGGGGCCCUACCGGGUGGUGCUGGCAGGCGAGAGCGGCGUGGGGAAGACGGCGCUGGCCGGCAUCUUCGGGGGGCUGCCGGACGGAGCCCCCCGCGAGGACGAGCACCCCGCGGACACGUACGAGCGCCGCCUGUCGGUGGACGAGGAGCUCACCACCUUGAUCCUCUACGACAUCUGGGACCAGGGCGAGGCGGGCGGCUGGCUGCAGGAGUCAUGUCUGCAGACGGGCGACGCCUUCCUGCUCGUCUUCUCGGUGACCGACCGGCGCAGCUUCAGCCGCGUCCCCCAGACCCUGCUGCGCUUGCGGGAGGGGAGCCCCCACCCCGACCCCCCCGUCAUCCUGGUGGGCAACAAGAGUGACCUGGCACGCUCCCGAGAGGUAUCGCUGGAGGAGGGCCGCAGUCUGGCCGUGAUGCUGAGCUGCAAACACAUCGAGACGUCGGCCGCGCUGCACCACAACACGCGGGAGCUGUUCGAGGGGGCCGUGCGCCAGAUCCGCCUGCGCCGGCACCGGCCGGCUGGGGACGGGGGCCCGGGCCCAGGCCCGGGCGGGCGCCGAGAGAGUCUCACCAAGAAAGCCAAGCGCUUCCUCUCCAGCCUGGUCCCACGCAACGGCCGGUUCUUCAAGCAACGCUCCAAGUCCUGCAACGACCUCUCCGUGCUGUGA